AUGAACUGCGUUCCAAAAUGAAGCAGAUGUCGCGAUGAUCAUUACGACUAUUGGCUGUUAUUUUUAUACCUAUAUUCAAGUGUAUCUUUGAUUUUAUGAUGGUAGCUUCCAUGAGUACCAUGUGUCUUUUAUCCUUUUUCUGCUUCAAGAAAAUGUUAACAGGAAAAGAAAGAUAAAAAACUUAUUAAAUUUGUUCUUUCUAUGACAAUUGAUUCAUAACAAUUAUUACAACAAAACUUGUCUAAAUUUACGUAAAAAUGAGCAAUCGAAUUAGAUGUUUAAUUCAAAAAAAGGUCACUGCAACUUUUAACAUCCCAAAGUCAGCUGUAUUUUCACAUCUCUACUUUCAUUUUGAUAUUAAAAGAAAAGUAUUUUCUUUCGAAUUACCUCUUAAAACCAGAUCAUUUGAUGUCAAAGUUGAAAAUAUAAAAUCAUUUCAACCAGCAUCUUUGAAAGAGGAGUCAAACAAUUUGAUAAAAGAUGUCUGCAUUAAAGAAAAAAAUAAUAUUCAUACUCUCUCUAUUAUCAUGGAUAGAAGUAACUUGGUAAAAGAAAUUUUAGAAUCGAAUAUAUCAUCUGUUUCUCCGCCGUCAUUAAGUUCUGAAGUUGAGAAAGUUAUUGUAGAAUUCAGUUCACCAAAUAUAGCAAAACCUUUUCAUAUUGGUCAUUUACGAUCAACAAUAAUUGGGAAUUACAUUGCAAAUAUACAUAGUUAUUUAAACAACAAUGUCAUUAAAUUAAAUUAUUUAGGUGAUUGGGGAACGCAAUUAGGAUUAUUGCAAUUGGGAAGUGAUGCUCUAAACAUCGAUCUUAAAAAUUUGAAAAUAAAUCCUUUACAAGAAUUGUACCGUGCUUAUGUACAUGCCAAUAAAUUAUUAGAGGCUGAUCCAAGUAUUCAGGAGCAAGCUCGAAAAAUUUUCAGUAAAACAGAACACGGAGACACUAAUUUUUUAGAGCAAUGGAAUUUAUUUAAAAAAUAUACCAUACCACAAUUAGAGCAAAUUUACAAGCGACUUGGAGUUAAGUUUGAUGAAUAUCAUUGGGAGUCAAACUAUUCUUUGAAAAAUUCUCCACAAACAAUUGAAUUGAUUAAAAAAUCCGGUGUUUUAAAAAAAGAUGGGGAAAGACGACAAGUAGUUGAAAUAGGAGAAAGAAUAAUCCCAAUAUUUAAAAGUGAUGGAUCAACUUUGUACUUAUACAGAGACAUUGCUGCUGCAAUUGAUAGGGCUAAUAAAUAUAAUUUUGAUAAAAUGUUAUAUGUGGUUGAUAAUUCACAACAUGAUCACUUUAACUGCCUUUUUGAAAUUUUACAAAGAAUGAAGAUUCCAUGGGUAAAUAAACUUCAACAUAUAAAAUUUGGAAAAAUCUAUGGCAUGAGUACUAGACAAGGGACAGGUAUAUUUUUAACUGAUCUUCUAGAUGAAGCAAACAACAUAUUAAAGAAAAAACAAUUAGACUCAUCUAAAACUAAAGUAAUUCCAGAUAUGAAUGAUAAUAGUUCAGAUAUUUUAGGAUUAUCUGCAAUAAUAAUUUAUGAAUUAAAGCAACGUCGUCAACGUGAUUAUAAAUUUAGUUGGGAUGUGGCACUAGAUAUGAAAGGAGAGACUGGAAUUAAACUACAGUAUACUCACUGUCGAUUACAUAAUUUGAAAGAAAAUUGUGGAGUUCAUUUGAGAAAAGAAUGUAAUCCUUCCGUAUUGGAAGAACCUAUUAUAGAUGAAUUAAUUUCAUUAAUAUGUAAAUUCGAUGAUAUAAUUUUAUUUUCUUUUGAAACAUUGGAGGCUUGUUAUUUAGCCAAAUAUCUCUUUCAUUUAAGUCAUAUAACAAACAAAGCUUUGGAACAACUGCGUGUAAAAGAUCAACCAGAGGACAUUGCAACACAGCGUCUUUUGCUAUUUCAAGUGGCAAAGAAUAUUUUAAAUACAGGAAUGAAAUUACUCUGUUUAACACCUCUAAAUAAGAUGUAACAUCUCCAUUUAUUUAUCAUAAUUAUUUAGAAAUGUAAAACAUUUUUACGAAUUUUAUAAAUUUUAAUUUAUAUAGUAAAUUACGUUACAUUACGA